AUGGCGCUGGCCUCCCUGCGCUCCCUCCCGACGCACGCGCUGGCCUCCCUGCGCGCCUUCCCGAGCCACUACGCCCGCUUCUCGCAGCGCCGGCCGCACGUCGCGGCGGCCGCCACGGCCGGCGGUGUCAUGGCCGCGUCCGACGUGACCUGCCAGUCGUUGACCCGGGACGACGGCGUCGACGCCGGGCGCACGCUGGCCUUGGCGACGUUCGGGUUCUUCCACUACGGCGUGACCGCGAAGACGCUCUACCUCUGGUACGACCGAAUUCUGGGAAAGACGCCGACGGUGCGGAACGCGAUGACGAAGAUGGUCCUCGACGUCUACGUGCACACGCCGCUGCUGCUCAUCCCGACGUUCUACGCGAUCACGUGCUCGCUGCGCGGGCGGAGCGUCGACGAGACCGCGAGCCAGCUGCGGCGCGAGUGGUGGGACGCGUCCUUCGGGUCCGCGGUCUUCUGGACCCCACUCUGUCUGCUCAACUUCCUCUACGUGCCCCAGCACUCGCGCAUCGCCGCGAUCAGCGUCGGGUCCUUCGUCCACAAGACGUGGCUCUCCUGGCUGAGCAACCGGCACAAGAUCUAG